AUGGCUGGACUUGACGAUACAUAUGACUACAUUGUCUGCGGAGGUGGCACCUCCGGUUGUGUAGUUGCUGGCCGUUUGGCAGAAAACCCAGAGAUCAGGGUCCUGCUGAUUGAAGCUGGCCAGCACAACAAAGACCUGGAAAAUGUCCAUAUGGCUGGCGGGUGGUCAAAUAACUUCGAUUCAGAGACCGAUUGGAACAUUGUCACCCCUCCGAUGGUGGGUGUCGAUAACCGCCAAGUGAAAUUGAGUCGAGGUCGCUUCCUCGGAGGAUCGAGUGGAUGCAACGGCACCCUAUGCAUCCGGGGCAAUAAGCAGGACUAUGACGACUGGGGUCUAGAUGGAUGGAGCGGCGAGGAGUUCUUUGACAGCAUGAGAAAGUCAGAGACAUUUCAUCCGAAGGGGUGGUUUCAAGCAGACGAAGCGAGCCAUGGCUAUUCCGGGCCUCUCCACACCGAGCCGCAUGAUCUAGCGCCUAUUUCACAGCUUCUGUUAGAUUCAUGUGUCUCGCAGGGCAUGCCGCUACAUCACGACAUGUUCAGUACCGGGACCGUUGCGCAGGGAUGUGGCCAUGUUCCUCGUACAGUGUAUAAGGGUCUUCGAACUACGGGGGCUGAUUUUGUCACAAACAAGAAUCAUAGGGGUAACAUUACCAUCAAGACUGACACGACGGUCGAUAAGGUCAUCUUCAACAAGACAGGCGAGAUCCGGGCUUCUGGCGUGGCCACACAGACAUCAGACGGCGUCUCCAGAAUCUACUACGCCAGAAAAGAGAUUAUCAUCUCAGGGGGCGCGUAUUGCAGUCCGGCGAUUCUCCUUCGAUCUGGCAUCGGGCCUCAAGCAGAACUUGCACAGCACAACAUUCCUUGUACAGUCAAUCUCCCAGGUGUGGGAAAGAACCUCAUGGACCAUCUGAUUGUGUUCAUGUUCUACGAAACCGAAAAGAAGGGCCUAACAAAUGACUCCCACGUCUACCACGAUGACAAUUUCGACAAGACCUAUCAAGAAUGGAAAGACAAGAGAAGCGGCUUUUUGUCUACAUUCCCAUUCGGCGGCUUCGCCUUCGCCAGACUAGACGACCGACUCAAAGACUCCCCACUCUGGCAAAAUGCUCCCCGGGCCCCGGGCCGCGACCCCAUGGGCCUCACUCCCAAUCAACCUAAUAUCGAGUUCUUCAACACAGAAUGCUACGGCGGACCGAAGCAAUACGACCAGUUCCCAAUCAAUCACCAGCACGCCUUUUCCAUGAUUGCAGAAUUAUUUGCGCCCAAGUCCCGUGGUUCCGUGACCUUGAAAUCAGCAAAUGCAACUGAAAACCCGGUCGUCGAUUGCAAUUAUUUGGCUGAUCCGUUGGACGUACUAGUGCUUAGUGAGGCAUGCCGUUACGCCAACGAGGUUGUUAUGCAGGGUGCUGGAACCAAGGAUAUUGUUAAGGGGUCCUGGCCGCCGAAUUUGAAUCAUCAUACCUAUAAAUCGAGGGAAGAUUGGGUUCCUUACGUGAAGGAGCAUGCUACUACUUGCUACCAUGCUGCCGGCACUUGUGCGAUGGGUAAGAAGGAUAACCCCAUGGCUGUUCUUGAUGAAAAGCUGCGGGUAAGAGGCGUCACAGGUCUCAGAGUUGCGGACUGCAGUGUGAUGCCUACGUUGCACGGUGGUCACACCCAAAUGCCGGCUUACGGUAUUGGUGAGAAGUGUGCAGAUUUGAUCAAGGAGACGUGGCGAAUGUCUGGAAAUGUGUAUCCUCGCAUCUAA